CGCCGCCGCCGCCCCCGCGCGCAGCCAUUGCGGGCAGGCCCGGCGCUGCGGCCCGUCCGCCCCGGCGCGGCCCCGGGGACAUGGUGGCGGGAUGGCCCGUCCCGCCGACACCUUCCCCCUGCACCGCCUCGUCUGGCACAACCGGCACCAGGCGCUGGACAGCGCCCUGCGGUCCGGCACGCACGACGUGGAGCUGACGGACCCCCGUGGCCGGACCCCGCUGGAGCUGGCCGUGUCCCUGGGUCACCUGGAGUCAGUGCGGGUGCUGCUGCGGCACAACGCCAACGUGGGCCGGGAGAACGCCAACGGCUGGACGGUGCUGCAGGAGGCGGUGAGCACGGGGGACCCCGAGAUGGUGCAGCUGGUGCUCCAGUACCGCGAUUACCAACGGGCGACGCGGCGGCUCGCCGGCAUCCCCGAGCUGCUCAGCAAACUGCGCCGGGCAUCCGACUUCUACGUGGAGAUGAAGUGGGAGUUCACCAGCUGGGUGCCGCUGGUCUCCAAGGUGUGCCCCAGCGAUGUCUACCGCGUCUGGAAACGGGGCGAGAGCCUGCGGGUUGACACCACGCUGCUGGGCUUCGAGCACAUGACGUGGCAACGCGGCCGUCGCAGCUACAUCUUCAAGGGGGAAGACGAGGGGGCGGUGGUGAUGGAGGUGGACCACGACAAGCGGGUGGUCUACACGGAGACGCUGGCCCUGGCCCUGCACGAGCCCGACCUGCUGCUGGCGGCCAUGCAACCCUCGGAGGAGCACGUGGCCGGGCGGCUGACGUCCCCCAUCGUCUCCACGCACCUCGACACCAGGAACAUCGCCUUCGAGAGGAACAAGUCGGGGAUCUGGGGCUGGCGCUCGGAGAAGAUGGAGGUGGUCAGCGGCUACGAGGCCAAGGUGUACAGUGCCAGCAACGUGGAGCUGGUCACCAAGACGAGGACGGAGCACCUCUCUGACCAGGACAAGUCACGCAGCAAAGGCUCCAAGACCCCCUUCCACUCCUUCCUGGGCAUCGCGCAGCAGCACGGCACCCACAACGGGGCACCCGUGCUGCAGGCUGCCAGCCCCACCAACCCCACCGCCAUCACCCCCGAGGAGUACUUCGACCCCCACUUCGACCUGGAGACCCGCAACAUCGGGCGCCCCAUCGAGAUGUCCAGCAAGGUGCAGAGGUUCAAGGCAACGCUGUGGCUGUGCGAGCAGCACCCGCUGUCGCUGGCGGAGCAGGUGACACCCAUCAUCGACCUCAUGGCCAUCUCCAAUGCCCACUUCGCCAAGCUGCGUGACUUCAUCACCCUCAAGCUGCCUCCCGGCUUCCCUGUCAAGAUCGAGAUCCCCCUCUUCCACGUGCUCAACGCCCGCAUCACCUUCAGCAACCUCUGCGGGUGCGACCAGCCUCUGGGCUCCGUGCGGGUGUGCACCCCCACCCAGCCCCCCGGCACCCAGCCCCCAGGCCCCAGAGGCUGGCCCUUCCCCUGCGAGGUGGAGGCGGGGGUGUUCGAGGUGCCGGCGGGGUACACGGUGCUGGGCGCGGGGCGCAGCGAGCCCCUGCGGGACGAGGACGACGACCUGCUGCAGUUCGCCAUCCAGCAGAGCCUGCUCGACGCUGGCACCGAGACCGACCAGGUGACCAUUUGGGAGGCGCUGACCAACACCCGCCCGGGUGAAGACCCGCCCCCCUAUGACGAGGACCUCCAGCUGGAGCGGCCGGGCCCAGCGCCGACCCCCCGGCGGCCAGGAGUCCCCCCGGGGCGGGCGGGGGCAGCCCCCCGGCACCCCCCGGCUACGGCAGCUUCGCGGAGCAGCUGCGGCUGGCCAUGGCGCUCUCGGAGCGGGAGCAGGAGGAGCGGGAACGGCGUCGACGCGAGGAAGACGAGGAGCUCCAGCGUAUCCUGCGCCUCUCCCUCACCGACAAGUAGCAAGCAGGGCGCUUCGCACGGGGACAGGGACGUCCCACGCGGGGGACACCCCACGCAGGGACACCCCACGCAGGGACACCCCACGCAGGGACAGGGACAUCCCUCGCACGGGGACCGCCAGGCACGGCCUCACACAGGGACAGCCCGGCGUGGGCACCGUCCCGCACCGGGACACCCCAACUCAGGCACAGCCCUGCCUGGGGACCGGGCGGUGCCGGGGUGACACCCCCAUGCCAGGGACCCCUUGUGAUGUGGGCACAGCCCCCGCACGGGGGGAUUUGAUCCAGGGAUCCUCCUACCCCCAGGUCCCCCAAUCCAGGGAUACCCUCCUGCCAGGCUCAAACCUCAGGCAAGGGACCCUGAUCUGGGAACCCCCCACCCCAGGGACCCCCCUACCCCCAGGACCCCCACC